ACUUGGAAGUGAAGGUGAAACUAGGGUUAAUGGAUCUUCAGAGUGAGUCUAUGGACUAUAGAACGGAGCUUUUGUCUCCGAUGAGGCUGGCCGGAGUCUCCGUCGAGCCAGUUUCUUCAACAGAGCAAUCUUCAUGGAGGCUCAACUUCAGUGACUUUUGCAUUCCUGAGAGACCUAAAGAUCCUUCUUUGGCUUCAAGAGUUUUCCUCUGUUCUUAUGGAAAACAAAGGAAAAUAGCAAGGUAUUAUAGGAAGCAAGAGGAGCUUCUCAAAGAAUUCAGUGAAUUGGAGAGCUUUUCAGAGUUGGGUUGUCUAUCAGGAGCUCCAUCAGAGGAAGAGCUGAAAGCAGUUGCCAGGAGUGAAAGAAUGGCAAUCAACAUCUCAAACAUUGCAAACUUGGUUCUCUUUGUGGCUAAAGUCUAUGCAUCAGUUGUAAGCCAAUCCAUGGCAGUGAUAGCCUCCACAUUGGACUCAUUCUUGGAUCUUCUUUCUGGUCUUAUUCUCUUGAUCACAUCAUACGCAAUGAGAAAACCAAAUCAGUAUAGCUACCCAAUUGGAAAGAAACGCAUGCAACCAGUGGGCAUUAUAGUAUUUGCCUCAGUGAUGGCUACUCUUGGAUUUCAAGUAAUAUUUGAAUCUGGUCGGCAGAUCAUGGAGCAGUCACACCCGAAUUCGGACCCAGAGAAAGAGAUAUGGAUGAUAGGAAUUAUGGCAUCAGUUACAGUGGUGAAGUUCAUCCUUAUGGUGUAUUGCAGAAUGUACAAAAAUGAGAUUGUAAAAGCAUACGCACAAGACCAUUUCUUCGAUGUUGUGACGAACUCGAUCGGUCUAAUCACCGCAGUCCUCGGCAUCAAAUUUAUUUGGUGGAUUGAUCCUCUCGGAGCCAUUCUGAUUGCGAUAUACACAAUAAGCACAUGGGCACGGACAGUGCUGGAGAAUGUAUGGUCAUUGAUAGGGCAAACAGCACCACCAGAGUACCUAACGAAGCUGAUAUAUGUGAUAUGGAACCACCAUGAAGAAAUCAAGCAGAUAGACACAGUGAGGGCCUACACAUUUGGGUCUCAUUACUUCGUGGAAGUGGACAUUGUCCUUCCUGGGGACAUGCCCUUAAGCCAAGCUCAUGACAUUGGUGAGACUCUUCAAGUCAAGCUAGAGAACCUCCCUGAAGUUGAACGUGCCUUUGUUCACAUUGAUUUUGAGUGCACUCACAGGCCAGAACACAAAGCCAUGCUCUAAGUUUCCUUUAUGUUAACAAUAACAACUGUUUUAGCUUUCCCAUAAUUUUCCUUUCUUUCUUCCUGUCUUUUUUCUUCUUGUUAUGAUGAAUGGAUGAAAUGAACCAUGAA